AUGACAUCGUCAUCCGAUAUUCCUGUCCAGGAGUUGUUAAACAAUCUGACAAAGACGAUCAAAAGCGAAGGUAUCGAGAAGAUUGACAUUGAAGAGACCCUAUCUGCUGUCAUUGCUCAACAAACUGCUGCCCAGGUAGCUCAGGCUCAGGCUCAAGCCCAGGCUCGAGCCGAGGAAGCUCAAGCUCAACUUCAAGCUCAGGCACAGGCACAGGUGUCCAUGGAAACACGAGUCAAUCAAGCCCAGGAAGAGCAUAAUCAACAGCAAAUCAACCAGAAAGAGCUUGAUCGCAUUGCAUUGGAGCAUCAACAAGCGCAACAACAGCUAGAAAAGACAUCUGGCCAACGAGAGGACUCACAGGAAGCUUUGGCACAAAACAAGCCUGAUCAACCAGCCAUCUCAGGAGAGAGCACCGCUACCAUUAUUCACGUCAAUGCUCUAGAUGGUGAUAACGGCAGUACUUUAGCUACGGUCCCUAUAACUACAUCAAGUCCUGCACCGUCUGUAGCAAAGCCCGCAGCGGGAACCCCAGAGUGGCACAAGCUGCGUCGUGACAAUCACAAAGAGGUAGAACGCCGACGUCGCGAGACGAUCAAUGCCGGUAUCAAUGACUUGGCUGCAUGCAUCCCCAAUCCAGACAAGAACAAGGGCGCAAUCUUGCGCCAAGCUGCUAAAUACAUCCAUUCGAUACAGGAAAUCCAUCAGAAGCUCCUCGCAGAAAAAGAAGCCCUAGCAAACAUCGGUUUUGAAUAUGAUCGUGCGCUGUUGGAGAAGAACAUGGCACAGAAUGAACUUCAGAGAUUGAUUACAGAGCAUGACCAACUUAAGCGCGAUUAUGAGGCUCUGAAGAAGGAGUUCGAGACCAAAGAAAAUGAGUCCAAGAAGAGACAGAGAUCAGAAUAG